AGGCCCGACGGCGGGGUCGCGGCGCUCGGAGCAGGGGCCGGUGAGGGCGCCGGGUCCCCUCCCGAGGCGGGGCGGGAGGCGCCGCGGCGGAGCCGGGGCUGCCCGCCACUCUGCGUCGGAGCGCGAGCCUCGCGCCUGGCCGCGGACGGUCGGCGUGCGCGCUAUGGAAGAGGAGAAAUACCUGCCGGAGCUGAUGGCCGAGAAGGACAGCCUAGACCCGUCCUUCGUGCACGCCUCGCGCCUCCUGGCGGAAGAAAUUGAAAAAUUUCAAGGUUCUGAUGGAAAGAAGGAGGAGGAAGAAAAGAAGUAUCUUGAUGUCAUCAGCAACAAAAACAUAAAGCUCUCAGAAAGAGUCUUGAUUCCUGUCAAACAGUAUCCAAAGUUCAAUUUUGUGGGGAAAUUGCUUGGACCAAGAGGAAACUCCUUGAAGAGGCUACAGGAAGAAACAGGUGCUAAAAUGUCUAUCCUGGGAAAAGGAUCAAUGAGAGAUAAAGCAAAGGAAGAAGAACUAAGGAAGAGUGGAGAAGCCAAAUAUGCCCACUUGAGUGACGAACUUCAUGUAUUGAUUGAAGUGUUUGCUCCUCCUGGGGAGGCUUACUCACGGAUGAGUCAUGCACUGGAAGAGAUUAAAAAAUUCUUAGUUCCUGACUACAAUGAUGAAAUUCGCCAGGAACAGCUGCGUGAAUUGUCUUACUUGAAUGGCUCAGAAGACUCUGGCCAUGGUAGAGGCAUUAGAGGCAGAGGGAUCAGAAUAGCCUCUACCACUCCUUCAAGGGGCCGAGGGGGAGCUGUGCCUCCUCCCCCACCACCUGGACGAGGUGUCCUUACACCUCGAGGGACCACUGUGACCCGUGGAGCUCUUCCAGUGCCACCUGUAGCAAGAGGUGUCUCUGCCCCUCGCGCCCGGGGAACAUCAUCAGCACCAGGAUACAGAGCACUGCCCCACCCAGUGCCCGAGGCCUAUGAGGAAUAUGCAUACGAUGAUGGCUAUGUGGGUGACUACGAGGACCAGGCCUAUGAGGCCUAUGAUAGCAGCUAUGCCACCCAAACACAAAGUGUGGCUGAGUACUAUGACUAUGGUCACGGAGUGAGUGAGGACAUCUACGACAGCUAUGAUACAAUUGAAAACAGCAGCUCCUCACUAGUUCACUUCAUGGAUGGCUAGUUUUAGCACCAGAGGAAUGGGCCACCAGCCGCUCCAGCCUGAAGGCCCCACCGCCCCGGUCAGCCCGAGGGGGGUACCGGGAGCACCCCUACGGUAGAUAUUGAAGGUCUCAGUGACCCCCACCUCAAAGACAGUCAUAGCCUGUGGUCUCCACACGAACAGCAACAAGACAAGUAAUAGUCCUUUUUUGUUUGAUUUUUCUAUGCUAGGGUUAACUGCUUAGGACUGUGCCCAUGUUUCUUGUAUUUCUCUCUCUAUGCUGCUGACGUACGUUGACAUUAGUAUUAUUUUACAAAAUGAACUGAAAAAGAUAUUGGCAAGCAUAGUUUAUACACCAUUCAGUAGGAUGAUAUACUCUUGGUGGUUUUUCAUUGUCCUGUGUAAACUUUUCUUUUUAUUCUUUUUUUUCUUUUUUUUUUUUUUUUUUAGAAAGAGCAUGAAUCUGUUGACAGAUUUUGAGUCUCAACCAACUAGCAAAAAUUUUGUUUAGGGUUGCUAAAAGACUGUAAUAUGAUCUUUGAUCUUUGAACUAGCUGAUAAUAAAGUUGUAGAUAAGAUGUUAUAACUUGUCUUUUAAUAUUUGUUAGUUAGAUGAAGAUGUUCAAUAUUAAGUUUGUAAAUUUAAUUUUAAAUGCUGUUUUCAUGGGGUUGAAAACAAAUAGCUACUGUAUGUUUGUAGCUAACUGAAUUUGUUCAGUGUUUUAAUCUGUAUUUGUUAAAAAAGGAAAAAAAACACACAUAAAGUUCCAUGUUACGCUUCUCUAAAUAGGAAACCACAAUUUGUCAAAUAUGUUUGCCAUAACUUGUCAAUAAAGCUGAAAACUUUUGCAAAAACUAAAUUUGGAAUUACUUGUUUUAUAGCU